AUGGAAUCAUCAUCAUCUGUUGAAGAAGAGAAAACAUCUUCUGAUGCAUCUGGCGACUCAAGAGAUGAAACUAUAAAGAGAUGUAUUACUUCCUUAGUUCAUGCCUGUACAUGUCAGGAUGUAGAUUGUCGUUUUGGAAUGUGUUUCAAAAUGAAGAGGGUUAUUGCGCACACAAAGGUGUGCAAAAGACGACAAGUUGUUGGGGCAGAUUGUGCUGUGUGUAAACAAUUGAUUGCUCUUUGUUGUUGUCAUGCAUAGCAUUGUGUACAGGCAAAAUGCCAGGUGCUCUCUUUUACACAAGUUGAAGUUUUUAAGACCCUCAAAGAAGGUCGCCUGAUCCUAGUCGUCAGGGAGUUGAUCUUGGUAAUUCUUGCGUUCGUACCCCCCCCCUCCUUUUUCCUUC